AUGGAAAUCAUCAGCCGAACUCUGGUUUCCGUGGGCUCGUUUAUAGCCGACGCGUUGCGCUCAUUUACUGAGUUAUUCCUAACUCAACCGGUCACUCCUACCCUUUCUCACCUAGAGGACACAGACCUGAAGACACUGACUGGAGAUCAGAGUACAUUUAAAGCCCGGACACUCUGGGAAAAAUCAGGGGCAGUCAUCAUGGCCGUACGGAGACCUGGAUGAUUUAUGUGCAGAGAGGAGGCCUCUGAGCUGUCCUCUCUCAGGCCCCAGUUGGAUGAACUUGGGGUCCCGCUCUAUGCUGUAGUGAAGGAGAACAUUGGCACAGAGAUCCAAGACUUCAGACCUUACUUCAGAGGGGAGAUAUUCUUGGAUGAGAAGAGACGUUUCUAUGGUCCACGGGAGCGUAGCAUGGGCCUGACAGGGAUUCUGCGUGUGGGAGUAAGGAAAAGUGGCCUGAGAGCGCUGAUGGGUGGCUUUUGGGGGAACAUCUACGGGGAGGGAUUUGUACUGGGAGGGGUGUUUGUCAUUGGAGCGGGACAGCAGGGGAUACUACUUGAACACAGAGAGAUGGAGUUUGGUGAUAAAGUCAACAUCGCAGAUGUUAUUCAAGCUGCCAGACAAAUCCAAACUAAACCUGUGGCACUAAAGCAAAAAUAG